GAAGUGUGACAGACUCAAAAAUGGCGCCUAAGGUCUGGGAUGUUGAUGUUUAUAACAUAAAUACGGACGGUGUACUUAAACAAAAAUUUAAUCAACGUGUUCAAUUAAACAUCGAUUACGAUCCGCAGGGCUUGAGUUUGAAGUUAAUAUCGGGUAAGACCGUCUUAUUGGAAUUUCCUGUCUCACAAAGUACCGAAUAUUGUCGGAUUGGGAACAAAGCCUUCACCUUCACUGUUGACAGAGAAUCUUUGUUUUUUAAAUUCACUAAUGAGCAAGAUUCGCAGAGAUUUUACACAGAAUUAGCAAAAAUAAAACAUGGAAAAGGUGCUUCCGUAUUUUCUGUCCGUACAGAAGAAUCAUCAGCAACGCAGUAUUUUCAAUUUUACGGCUAUCUAUCUCAACAGCAGAACAUGCUACAAGAUUUUAUACGAACGUACACUUAUCAAAGAGCGAUAUUAUGUAACAUAAAUGACUUUAGAGACAAAGUGGUGUUAGAUGUAGGUGCGGGUUCGGGAAUUUUAUCAUUUUUUGCUGCCCAAGCGGGUGCUAGAAAAGUAUACGCGGUUGAAGCAUCGUCAAUGGCCGAAUAUGCCCAAAAAUUAGUAGCCGCAAAUAAACUUGAUCAUCAAAUCACGGUAAUCGCUGGUAAAAUUGAAGAAGUUGAAAUACCGGAAAAUGUAGAUGUUAUUAUAUCUGAACCAAUGGGUUAUAUGUUAUACAACGAACGAAUGUUAGAAACGUAUCUUCAUGCAAAGAAAUGGCUCGCUCCUAAAGGAAAAAUGUUCCCAUCGCGUGGCGAUCUCCACAUUGCACCUUUCACUGAUGAUGCUCUCUAUAUGGAACAAUUCAGUAAGGCCAAUUUUUGGUUUCAAACUUGUUUUCAUGGCGUUAAUUUAUCUGCAAUACAACACUGGGCGAUUAAAGAAUAUUUUAGACAACCCAUUGUCGAUACGUUUGAUAUCAGAAUAUGUAUGAGCAAAUCUGUUAGACACGUUGUUGAUUUUUUAGAAGCCGACGAAACGGAUCUCCAUACAAUAGAUAUUCCUUUAGAAUUCCAUUUACUGGAAUCGGGAACACUUCAUGGUUUAGCAUUUUGGUUUGAUGUUGCGUUUCAAGGUUCACAACACACGAUUUGGUUGAGUACAGGUCCAACGGAACCUUUAACACAUUGGUACCAAGUACGUUGCCUUCUUGAGCACCCGUUAAUAGUAAAACAAGGUCAAGUAAUAACCGGAAAAGUUCUUUUGGUAGCUAACAAAAGGCAAAGUUAUGACGUUACAAUCGAUUUACAAGUAGAGGGAUCGCACCAGCGAUCCUCUAACACACUUGAUUUGAAAAAUCCGUAUUUCCGGUAUACAGGCGCGCCCGUACAACCCCCUCCCGGUGUCUCAAACAUAUCUCCAAGCGAAAAUUAUUGGAACCAAAUUGAUGCUCAAGGAGUCAGAAACGCCGUUAAUAUGGUUAAUGGAAUGUCUGUGAACGGUCUUGGGGAGGUUUCAAUGGACACGACACAAUCGGUUAUUAGUAACAAUUUAAUGACUAAUAAUUUAAUUGCUUUAGAUCCAGCGCAGCUAACUGAUGGUGCUCCGCCAAAUAUCCACCCAGGGUGCAUUUCGAGUACAGGUCGUGGUCGUGUGGCAGCUAGUCCAACGUCGACACAAACUGCCCAAUUGAUUGGAGGUGCAAUUUCGCCAUCGUUGUUCACAACACCGAACGCCCAACAGCAACCAUUGUUGAUGGCGAAUUACCCGUUAAGUACAAACCUGAUGAUAGGAGAUUACGUGACGCCGGGAAACGGCAUGACGAUGUCCGCGUACAGACAGUAGACAGUGUGCAUUAUUAGGUUUUCAUUUUUUUGCGGUAAUGCUCAACGUAUUUAUUUUAUUAAUUUUAGUUUUUUUCGCCAAGAUCUGGACAGAUCGCGGACAGUUCCGCCGCGUUCCCAAUUGAUGUAUGUCAUCGUGACUACGCCAUUGUGAUAAAAAAAAAAUAAGUGCUGUCUGUUCUUCCGACGAGUCACCUCUUCGUUCUAUUUUAUGUUAAAAUACUUUGUCUAUAUGUUUUUUAUUAUUUUUUUUAUUUUAUUUUUUUUUUUUUUUUUCGUUAUCGUAUCUGGAAUUUCUUCCUCACCUUUUUUAGGUUUCACGACGCGGCAGGGAAACUUACUUUUUAUCCUAGCUACGUGUUUAAGGUGUCUAGGUUUUUAUAUUAAAUUUUUAAGUUUUGCUGCUAUAUACCACUUUUACUAUUAUAAUUUUCUAAGUGUUAA